UAUAGUAGACUGGUUGCUGAAGGACAUAGGUCGCGCAUGCGCAGUGCGGGAUUUCGGCUCAUGUGGAGGUCAGAGCAGUGAGGAGGACCAGUGAACGAUGGCGAAACUCUUUGAAACGAUUGGAAAGGUUGGAUUUGGACUAUUAGUGGCCGGAGGGGUCCUCAAAUCCGCCUUGUUUACUGUGGAUGCCGGCCACCGCGCUGUCAUAUUUGACAGAUUCCAAGGAGUUAAAGAAGAGGUAGUAGACGAAGGCACACACUUCCUCAUCCCCUGGGUGCAGAGACCAAUCUUCUUCGAUUGCCGGUCCCGUCCCCGCAACCUCCCUGUUAUUACAGGAAGUAAAGAUCUGCAGAAUGUCAACAUCACUCUGCGUAUUCUCUUCCGCCCGGUUGCCGAUCAGUUGCCCAGGAUCUACACCAGCAUUGGCGAGGACUACGAUGAAAGAGUCUUCCCGGCCUCAGUCAUGAAGGGGUUAAAGUCAGUGCUGGCCAGGUUCGAUGCUGGGGAGCUGAUCACACAGAGAGAGCUGGUUUCUCGGGCGGUCAGUGAGGAUCUCACAGAGAGAGCAGCUACCUUCGGGCUUAUUCUGGAUGAUGUGUCUCUGACACACUUGACAUUCGGUAAGGAGUUCACACAAGCCGUGGAAGCUAAACAAGUAUCCCAGCAGGAAGCAGAAAGAGCCAGGUUUAUCGUGGAGAAGGCUGAACAACAGAAAAAGGCAGCCAUCAUAUCUGCUGAAGGAGAUUCUAAGGCUGCAGAACUUAUCGCAACAUCACUGUCCGACGUUGGCGACGGAUUAAUCGAACUGCGUAAGCUGGAAGCGGCCGAAGAUAUCGCCUACCAAUUGUCCCGCUCUCGUAACGUCACAUACCUACCCUCAGGACAGUCCACACUACUGCAACUGCCACAGUAACCUUGC